AUGUGUCGUCAUAUCCUGCAACCGUAGACCUGACGGAGUUGUUCGUGCUGAGUUUGUGCGAUGAAUGUAAUGAACGCUCUGAGGUGAAAUCUGUGCAUGCACAUUUAUCUGUUGCAGGAAAGAGCGGAAGGACUCGAUCCGGAUAUAGAGUGAGCUGUUAAGCGUCGUGAUGUAUCGCGGUUCUAGGCCGCACCGAGGGGGCUAUCAUCCUCCGCCGUCUCGUGGCUUCGAUCCCCGAACUGGGCCUGGUCAUCCUCCCGAUCAGUACCGGCGCCCGUCCCCGCGGAGGAGGUAUUCAUCACCCGGAGCAAGAGAUCCGUCUGAUGAGUAUAGAGGAGGAGGGAGACCUCCGAGACCCUAUGGGAGAUACAGCCCUUCACCUCCUCGUGCUGGUCUUCCUGUUGAUCAUAGUCUGGUCAUAACUGUGGGCAAUGAGCUGACCCAUCCACCAGGCUAUAAAGGCCCAGACGCUCCCUAUGUCCGCGAUUACAGUGCAGGAGAUCAACUGUACAAAAAGCCCUAUUACUCUCCACGGAGGUCAAGCUAUGAUGACCACAGCGAUAGGGGUGCAAGACGGCGCAGUCUUAGUCGUGGCAGGAGCAGGGGGCGGAGCCGCAGUCCUGGCUAUGGGCGCAGCAAAAGUCGUCCGCGUAGCAGAAGUCGGAGCUACAGUCACGGUAGGAGUCCUGAGCGGGCGAAGAGCCGAGCACGGAGUAAGAGCCGGCCUCGUGGCAGGAGCUACAGUAGAAGUCACAGCAGAAGCCGUAGUCCCAAACGCAGUAGAGCGAGGAGCAAGAGUCGUCACCGUAGCCGCAGCAGAGACAGGAGCUGUAGCAGGGGGAGGAGCAGAGGAAGGAGCCGCGGUAGGAGCCGCAGUGUCAGUUGUAGUCGUAGCAGCAGCAGCCGCAGCUCCAGUAGGAGUCGACGGGGCAGUGUCAACAGAAGAGUCCAACCAGGUGCAGAGGUGGAGGAUUUUAGCGAGCUAGAGAAGGCUCGACGACGGAAGGAAAUUCAGGAUAUGCUUGUAAAGCCUGCAAAGUCGAUUUUGAAGAAAAGGGUGGACUCCACUGAGAUGGAUUCACCCAUGCUAGUGCAGCAUAGUGAUUCUCCUCGAGGAAACCCAGACGGUGGUCUUUCACUUGAGGCAGAACAGCUUUUGUGCACACUGUCCAAAACUAUAGAUCCAGACUUGUUAGCAUCAAUGCUGGGGAAAUGCGCUGAUGCCAGUGCUCUUGAACAGCUGCUUGGCAGGAUGCAGCCAGCCAAAGACAGUGGAAGUGACAUGCAGCUCGCUAAUGAGAAAGAAAGACCAGACAAAUCAGACCUCAGUGAGUUCCUUGGAAUGAUGGCAGAGGCUGUUGCACAACCACCGACUAAAAAGAAAAGUCUUACAGAUAUUGAAGACGAGGAGAAAUUUCUGUAUGGAGAUGAAGAGGAAGAUGACAGGGAGGACGACAAGGUGAAACCAGCUAAAGAGAUUCCAACAGAGGGACAACCUGGCUUUCCGGACACGAGGUUCCCACGGUCUCAUGAGAUUCUGAGAAAUGAAUAUGGCACCACAUCUUACCCUUUUGGUCAUCCUGAAGAAGAUGAAGCGAGCCAUUCGCAAAGAGAGAGCAGUCAGCCAGACAGGCGGCGUUCUUCGGCUACACCUGAGGUGCAUUCCAAAGAAGAGCUUGACGACUUCCCACCUGGAGUUGGACCUCAGGAUGUCAAGGAAAGGAAGGAGGUGGAGGAAUAUGAGAAGAUCCAAGACUUACUGAAGACCAUCGGCUUGGACUUGGGUGUAGCUGACAUCAGCAAAAUGGCCACUAGGACACAAGACCGCCUCCACGGUAACACCCCUGCAAAGAAGGCACCCGUUCGCCGGCAGUCCAAUAGAAAGCACAGGAGCCACAGCAGGAGUUACAGCAGCAGUUGCAGUAGCAGCAGGAGCUCCAGCAGAAGCCACAGUCGGAGUAGCAGCCAAAGCCGAAGUCGAAGCAGCAGCUUUGAUCGCACUUCAAGGCGCAGCAAGAAGAAGCCAGUUUCCCCGGAACACAGAUCCUCAAGCUCCCAGAGUCAGAAUAAGAAGGAGAGUCGCCCUAGCGUUACUGAAAGCGGGUGGCCUACAACAGCAACUGCGACUCCCGGGACACAGGUGUAUCCUCCCCGACCCAACCUCUCGACACACCAGAUGCCUCCCUACCCUCAGCCAGCCCCACGUGGUGUAAUGCCACCCGACUACCCUCCUGGUGGUUACGACCCAUAUGGCAAUUAUAUUCCAUAUAUGCCUCCGGGAUGGCCAAUGUACCCACCUCCAGGUAUGCCGCUGCCACCUCACAGUCCAAUGGAUCCCUACCGACUCCCCAACAUGGAGCGACCUUUUCUAAAAGUGGUUGGAAUGGGGGCAAGUGAAGGGAAAGAGACGGAUAAAAAAGCACUCUCUAAAUUGGAAGAUGUGGCCUCUAAAGCAAUCACCAGUGGCAGUCAGAGGCGAGUUAUUGAAGAUAAGAACACUGCCAGCCAAAAACAAAAGGUCACUGAAGAGCUUGCAAAACUAAAAAUGGAAAAAGAAAUAAGACUGAAGAGGAAAGAAAAUCUCUUAAAGGAGGUGGAGACCUUAAGAAAGGAGCAAGGGGAACUCCUAAGAAAGAAGCGAAGGGAGAAGGAUGGGCAUAAGGACCCUGUCCUGAUAGAGCUCAAUCAGCUCCAGGAAGAUGCGAUGGCUCGAAUCUCCAAACUACGUGUUGAACAGAAGGAGGCUGAUAAAAAACAUGAAGAGCUGGUCAAAGUGGCUCUCAUCCUUGGUAUAGACUACAAAGACUCCAAGAGGUCUGGUGAUGGGCAGCAUCCUGCUCAGAGUAAGAAGGAAUCAACCAGAAGCCCAGUGAAAUCGGGGGCCUCCACCAGCACCUCAUGCAAUAAGGCUGCCCCAUCAAAAUCAAAAGCCACUCCUGAAAAACUCAAGGCGUCGCUUCCGUCGAGCAGCCGUACUCUGGACACUGCUGACGAGCAAUUUGAGUACUACGAUGCAGGAAACCACUGGUGUAAAAACUGCAAUGUUACCAGUGGCUCAAUGUUUGACUAUUUCAUGCAUUUGCACAGCAAAAUACAUAGGAAGACUCUAGAUCCUUACGAAAGACCAUGGGCAAAAAAAGAGAGUGAGAAAAAACAUCCAGUGGGAGAGAGGACUUCAAAGCCAGCAAAAGGCUCUGAGUUCUUGAUACCUAUACGGGGAUUCUUCUGCCAGUUAUGUGAAGAGUUUUUCGGGGAUCCCAUUUGUGCUGAGGCUCAUGUCACCUGCCAUGCUCACAAUGAGAAAUACAAGGCAAAAAUGUAUGAAAAUCCCCUCUACGAGCAAAGAAGGAACUUGGACCGUCAGGCUGGCUUAGAUAGCCAGAAGAGUUCAGAGCACAAGCGAAAACGGGAAGACGAUGAUCAAAACGAUGUGAAGAAAUCCAAACUUGGCAAAGAAAGAAAAAUGUUGAUUGAUGAUGUGGAGCCAAAACCACAGUAUAGCAAGGAGGAUGCAUACAGGAAUAUCAAAGAGAAUGAGAAUGAACUCGAGGAGCGUUUCAAAUACAGAAAAGAGGAUAUAGAUAAACAGAAAUACAAGGAGGAGGAUGAGAGAGCUAGAUACAAAAAAGAGGAAGAGGAGAGAAACAAAUAUAAGAAAGAAGAGGAAUACAUGUAUAGGUACAGGAAGGAGGAAGGGGAGAGAUCCAGGUAUGAAGAGAACAGAUAUAGAGACCGGAAUGAAGAUGAACGGUAUCGAUAUAGGGAUGAGGAUGAUAAAUAUAGAUUCCGAAAAGAUGACGAUAGAGGCCGAUACAUUAGAGAAGAAGAGAAGCCCAAGUAUGGCAAAGAAGAUGAUAAGAGGUGCAAAUACACUCGGGAGGCAGAGAAGUCGUCCAAAUACAAAGAUGAGGACGAUGGGAGGUGGCAAAAAUCAAAGUGGGAGGAGGCAGAGGAAAGUAAUGGAAAAUAUGGAAAGAAGGACCAAAAGGGCAAGUCAGGUUUUUUCAAAGAUGACAAGGAAAGUGUGAGGAAGUCCAAUGUUAAAGACAUCAAAGCAGAACCAGAGAAACCAAGUGAGCCCCCUAAAAUCUUAUGUGGGCCAAGCCCGGCCUUGCUGGCUAAACUUCGCAAGAAGAAUGAGGAGGCUGCCGCUCGACCUGGCUUUGGAAAAUUUCGCCGAAAAAAGCCACUGAAGACAGCACUGGAGAAGGAAGCAGAGAGAAUAGCGGCACAAUUCGUAAAGGAAGAUGAAGAAAGUAUGCCUACAGUAGAUGAAGAGAACAAAGAUCCUGAACUAGAUGCUUUUACCAAGUCUAUCGCUGCUGCAAAAUCUAUUGCAAUCAAACUAUCAGCAAAGUCUGUGCUUCCGCCUUCUGAUGAAUGGCUGGCUUACAAUGAAAAUAAAAGUAGUCCCAAUUUAGUCCCUACUCCUAUGGUUAUUAGGAAGUCCUACACUGGUGUGCAAAAUAAACCAUCUACUGCAACAAGUGACAAACCUCCUGGACCCAUUAUAGGAAAUCAGACUCAAAAGGGUCCAGCAUUGCCAGCAGACCUAAUCUCCAAGGCAUUUAGUGGUGAAGAGGUGCAAAUAAAACUUAAAAAGGACAUCCCUGCAAGCCCUAUAGAUAUCUUAGGCACCGCUGUACCACUUGUAUCCUCCCCUGCAGUGGCAGAAAAGGAAAAUGUCCCCCAGGUGAAACCUGUUACUCCAAGUAAAUGCAUUGUUACUCUUGAAUCUGAUGUAGCUGCUCCUGGAGUGCCCGAGGAGGAGCAGAAGCUCACCAUAAUCCUUCGUCCUCCUCCUCAGCUUCCUUUUAAAUCCACUGGCCCUCCUCCAAAAUUUGUGAAGCCAAAGACCACUCUUGCAGCAGGAAUAGCAAAAGAUUUGUUUGACAUUUUCUACAGUGGAAACACAGCUGUUAAGGGUUCUGUUGGUGCCAGUGUUGGUGACAAACAAGACUCUGGCUUUACACCUCCAGAUAAUGACUCAAGCAUUAAGGCAGCCUCUGAAGGUAAUGAGUCCAACAAAAAAGAGAAAAACGAUAAUGAUUUUGCACAGAGCAUAGAAUUUCCCAAGGAUGAAGGCUCACAAGUUGCCCAGAGCAAAGAACGCCCCAAGGAUGAAGACUCACAAGUUGCACAGAGUGAAGAACCUCCCAAUAAUGAAGACACAAAAGUUGCACAGAGCGAAGAACCCCCCGAGAACAAAGACUCACAAGUUACACAGAAUGAAGAACCCCCCGAAAUCGAAGACUUGCAAGUUGCACAGAUCAAAGAACCCCCCAAGAAUGAAGAUUUGCAAGUUGCCCAGAGCAAAGAACUCCCAGAGAUUAAAGAAUUGCAGGUUGCACAUAGUGAAGACCCCCCCAAAAUUGCAUACUCAAAAGUUCCACAAAUCGAAGAAACUCUAGAGAACGAAGACACUGAGAUUUCACAGAGUGAAGAACCACUCAAAAACGAAGCCUCAGAAGUUGAACAAGCAUCUGAGGAUGAAAAUCUAAAUGAAAAUAUUGAUUCAAAAGAGGAAAAGCUUGAUGAACAGCAAGUCUUUACUUUAGAAAUCUCUGAGGGUGGUGAAACCAUGAUGGACGUUGAUGGUUUGGACACAAUGCAACUAAACAAUAAUGAAGAGGAAAACCCUCUGGAAUCUGAGGAACCCAUGUCAUUGUCCCCCCUUCCAGGUUCUUUCACUGAGCAACUGAACUUGGACACAUUUGAAUUCAGCUUUGAGCCUUUGUAAAGGACCUUCUGAGAGUAGGUUUAGGGAUGUAAAUGUUGUCUCUGAAUGUAAAUAAGUGAUUUUGAUGUAUUCUCACAUGCUAUCUCUGAAUGUAAAUAAGUGAUUUUGAUGUAUUCUGUUUAUUUGCUUGAUCCAGGUAGAAUAUUUCAUGUCUAUUCUUAACCUUUUGGCAGGUAAUGCCAGUGAAAGCGUGGACUGAAAAUUCAUUCAUUCUGAAGUGGCUGCUGGGAAAGGAAUCCCUUCUAAGAGAAUGAAAACUUUCAAGCAAUGAAUUCUUAAUAUCUGAAAGAGUUUCACUAUAUUCUUGUGAAAAGCACCUGGUUUUUGAGCUUUUUGUUUUUCCCAAUUCUGUUUUCAGCAGAAAUCAUUACUUUUUUUUAAACAAAGGUAAUGUAAAAAAAUAUAUAUAUAUAUUAAAAAUAUGAUGUGUAUCAAACAUUUCAGACUCUAAAACCAUUAGCUCUGUUCGUUCCAUUUAAAUGAAUGAAGAUAUUUUAAUACAGGAGCCAGAAAGAUCCAGGCUCAGAAGAGAGAAAUGGAGUGGAGUUCAUGCUUGAAGGACAUAUGCAUAUGCAUUCACCCCUCUUGCCCGAAAAUGUCAAGCUUGGCCUGUACAAUUCUUGUCACACUGUGCUGUGUAUUGAUGGGUUUUCUUUCUGGUUUCUGUUUUUUAAAGAAUUAAUCCAGUGUUGGUUCUGUUUACAGUGCUACCAUGCUAGUUUGGUAUCUACAAACAAAUAAUUGUUGUAACUGCACAGGUUCUGUGCUAGCUCAAAUAAAUCACAGCUUCAUUUUC